AUGUCUCCGUCAGUCCAUAUUGAGCCCGGUGAAAAGAGCAGACCCCCAGGCGUUUCCUGGACCCUUGCUCUGACUGUAUUCUCUGCUGCCAUCGGAGGAACCUUCCAGUAUGGGUACAACAUCUCAAUCAUCAACGCACCCACCAGCUACAUCCAGGUGUUCAUCAAUGAGACUUACAUGAAGCGCUGGGGCAUAGGUUUGGAGACCCCUCAGGUGACUCUAGUGUGGACUCUGGUAGUGUCGGCUUUCUCUUUGGGGGGUUUUCUUGGUGCCAUGUUAGCAGGACCUCUGGCAGUCCGCUUUGGGAGGAAGAACUCACUGCUUCUGAAUAACUGCUUUGUGUUAACUGGUGCAGUUCUGGUCUUGGCCUGCAGGGCCGCUGGAUCAUUUGAGAUGAUUAUCUGUUCUCGAUUUCUGGUAGGGAUAAACUCAGGAGUCAGUAUGAAUGUUCAACCCAUGUAUUUUGGAGAAAGUGCUCCUAAACACCUCAGAGGAGCCGUGGCUUUUUCAUCUGCUGUUUUCACUGCAUUUGGAAUCUUCUUGGGUCAAGUUGUUGGACUUACUGGGUUGCUUGGAGCAGAGCCUAUGUGGUCCUACUUACUAGCUAGUAAUGCUUUGCCAGGGUUGAUCCAACUUCUAACCUUACCUCAUUUCCCUGAAAGUCCCAGAUACCUUCUCAUUGACCAGGGAGACAGGGAAGCAUGUGUCCGGGCUCUUGAAAGGCUUCGUGGUGGAGAAGUUCCUGUCAUGGAGAUGAAUGAGUUGCUUCAGGAGCAGCAGCUCCAAAAUACCACAGCCUUAAAUCCUACAUCUGUAGCAUCAACAAAGACACCCUGGUCUCUGUUUAAGAGUUCAGAUCUGCGCUGCCAGCUCAGAACAGUCAUGGUUGCUAGCAGUGCUAUGAUGCUCUGUGGCAAUGACUCCAUCUAUUUCUAUGCCUCUUACAUCUUUCUCCAAGCAGGGAUCCCGCCAGAGAAAAUACAGUAUGCUACUAUCGGAACGGGAGCAUCUGAGCUUACUGCCUCCAUACUGAGUAACCUGCUGAUUGAGCGUAUUGGCCGCAGAUACCUUCUUGUUGGAGGGUACUGUCUUAUGUCUUGCUGGUCUAUAAUCUUCACUGUAGCUCUUACCCUGCAGAGCCGUGGGGUGGCUGGAAUGCCUUACCUCAGCACGGCAUGUGUGUUUGCCUACAUCCUCAGCUUCGGCUUGGGCCCCGCAGGAGUGACAGGGAUCUUACCUGCUGAAAUCUUUGAUCAAGCAGCUCGGCCAGCUGGGUAUAUGAUUGCUGGCUCCUUCAUGUGGAUCAGCCUGUUCUUGGUUGGAAUGCUGUUUCCCUUCAUUGUUAAAGGCUUGGGAGACUUCUGCUUUCUGCCAUUCUUGGCCGUAUGUUUGGUUUCUGCAGGAUUUCUGGGACUUACCUUACCAGAGACUAAGGGUAAAACACUGGCUGAAAUUACUGCAGAGUUUGAUAGAAAGAAUACAGUGGACAGGAAGAGACCAGACACACAGGUAGAUGGGACUAUGAGGGACCACUACAGGCUGGGCAAAGCCAGCUCUUUUACUUCCCUUACGCAAGAUUCUGACCAUGACCCUGACCAUAAGAAUGAGAACUGA